UCCUCCCUCAAGCGUUAGCCGGUGAUACUCACAGCGUCGCCUGACACAUGGUGUUUAUGUCACUCCGUGUUACUUUAUGGUUGUCCAGUCAACAAGUAACACGUGUUUUGUAUUUCUAAUCUAAUCUAAUGCUGGAUUAUUGUGUCGCUAGUUUAGAUGCAGCUGCAGGGCUGGGUUUAUGCUAUCCUGGUUAUUAAAGUUACAGGAUUUUAACAUUAUAUCAGCACGCAUUUCACGUUAAAAGCUAGCACCACUCCGCCCGGCCACCUCAGACAUGCUAGCAGCUAACUAGCCACCCAGCCGUGACAUUGUAUUAACAUUUACUAGCAUUCGAGCUAGCUAGGCUAACGUUGCUAGGCUACGUUGCUAGGCUAACGUUGCUAGGCUAACGUUGCCAUAACAAUGGAGGACUCCGGCAUCAAGAAGCAGAACUGGGACGUGAAGGAGACAGAGUUGUUCCUGGACAUCCUCAAGGAGCUGGACAUGAAGAAGUGCCUGGACGGGAGGAAAGUGAGGAAUAACAAACUGUUUAAAGUGGCCCACAGGAGGAUGACAGCGGCUGGGUAUCACAGGUCUGUGGACCAGCUAAAGUUCCGCUGGAAACUUCUCAAAAGUGCGUAUUACAAGUGCAAGAGAGAGCCCGAUGCUCCGGCUCCGACCAAGAUACAGGGCUGGUGGCGCUAUGAGAAGACGAUGGUAGCCAUCAUGGAGUCCAGACACCCGCUGGUCGGAGCUGGGGUCAACUCUGACAGACAUGAUGAAGUGACAGAGGACUCGGACGGAGAAGCAUCGAUGCUGCCCUGGCCUCAGCAGCCCUGCCCGGACAGUUCAGCCCAGACCCUGGGGUUAAUUAUCAAAAUGGACCCUGAGAUGGACUCGCAGCUGAAGAUUGGUUUUAUCGGUGCAGGGAACAUGGCCUUCGGCAUCGCAAAGGGCAUCUUGUCUGGAAGUGUUCUUCCCGUAAACGUCAAAGUGAGCGCACCAUCCUCCAGGAACCUGGGGCGCUUUCAGGAGCUCGGGAUUGCCGUCACCCACUCUAACAUUGAGGUGGUCUCUGGGUCAGAUGUGGUUUUUGUAGCAGUCAAACCUCACCUGGUUCCGCUAGUUCUCAAUGAGAUCUCAAUACACGUCACUGACCGACACAUUAUCGUGUCUGUUGCAGCAGGAGUAACGCUGGCAACACUGGAAGAGCUCCUCCCAGAGAAUUCAGUCGCCAUCAGGCUGAUGCCAAAUCUCCCAUGUUUGGUUCAGGAAGGGGCUCUCCUGUUUGCACGGGGAUCCCAUGCGAAACAGGAGGAUGGAGCUCUGCUUCGCUCCUUGUUGCACCUCUGUGGUUUGGUGGAGGAGGGACCUGAGGCCUGGAUCGACAUCCACACUGGACUGAGCGGGAGUGGAGUCGCUUUUGUGUAUCUGUUUGCUGAAGCGCUGGCAGAUGGAGCUGUUAAAAUGGGAAUGCCAAGUGCUCUGGCACACAGCAUCGCAUCUCAAACUGUUCUGGGUGCUGGUAGAUUGUUACGCGAGUCCGGGAAGCAUCCAGCUCAGCUCCGCUCUGAGGUCUGCACCCCAGGUGGAACAACCAUCUACGGGCUUCACACCCUGGAGCAGGGCGGUGUGAGGGCGUCCACCAUGAGCGCCGUGGAAUCUGCCACCGAGAGAGCCAGGGAGCUCGGCCGAAAGUCAGCAGCGGGAUCCAGGAAAUGACAGCUGCUUUUUUGCCUUUAAUAACUACUCAACGGACUUAACUCAAGCCUUACAACAAACUGACUUUUUGGCUCAACUUCACCAUGGAACACAAAGACAAAGCAGGACUUGUCACUUUUUUUUAUUUAAUUUUCUCCCUGUUAUUCUCCCUUAAACAAGUGCUGUUCAUACUAGUUCUUUUUCAUGCCUUUGACCCGAGGGAUUUGUUGCGAGCAAAAAGGAAAUGUUGGCUAAAUCUUAACACCGACAAGUAAAUUAUUUGAUCAUGACCUUGUGAUUUCUGAGAGAAUGGCUACUUUUACAUGCACACCAAUAAUCCAGUCUCUAAUGCAAGUAAGGUGUAACCUAAAUUUGAUUACUCCCAUAGUUGUGGAUAUCGUAAUCACAAUUAGAUGCACAGUAUCUUUAUUUUAGUCACAUUUAUUGAGGGCCAUGUCAUAGAGUAAUGUAGACAGACAAUAUUCUAGCAUUAUCAGUCCAGGAAGCAACUUGUAUAGUAUUGCCUUACUAGCCAUGAUUGGGUUAUUAUGUGCAUGUAACAUGGUGGAGUACAGAAUGGAAGUAAAAUGUGUGGAUGUAUUUAAUUAUAUUAAAAAAUACUAUUUAAUAAUAUUUGGCCAAAUGAAGCAUAAAAGAUACAUUUUGGAUAAUUAAAGAAUGACUGGUUGUGCAGCUGCUGAUAGUUUCUGUCCCAGGUGUAUUUAACAUCUAGUAGCUGGCUUUGUGUACAACACAAUGUUGAGAAAAAUAUUCAUGAUCCAUGAUGCCAAGUGUGUACGGUGGGUUUUCAUAAAGUGUCCUGUGAACCAGCA